AUGAAUUAAGAAGACAACUAGAAUUUUGAAGUCAUUAACGAAAUAAAAUUAGAAAAUAAUCUUAAAGACCUUCUAGAGAGAGUUUUACUUAAUGCUGAAAAAUUCAUUGAUUCUAAAGAAGAACUUAAUUAGAUUGAAAGAGAGCUGAAAGAUUAUGAAAAUUUAUAUCAUUUGACAGAUAUUAUUAAGGUAGUUUUUACUAAUAUGAUGAUAAAAAUAGAACAAAAAUUAAUGUAAAUAUUAAAUUAAGACUAAUUAAGGAAAUUAGAAAAAAUAAUAGAUCCUUAGUAGACAUUCAGUAUGAGAACUGAUUAAGAAUAUGAAAAAUUAGAAUAAAAUAUGAUAAAGUAUGAAGUAGAAAUACGAAAUCAUAUCAGGGUAAUAAUAUAAUAAUUUUAAUUUAGAUUGAAUAAUAACUGAAAUUAUAUGCUGAAUCAAUUUAAUCUAAAUUAGAUGAAAGUGAAAUUAAUAGAAAUGAAUUAUUAAAUACAACUAAAUAAUUAAUUAGUGUAACUUAUUCAAAAUAAAUUAGAAUUUAAAAAGAGAAAAUUAAACAUAUUAUGAAGUCUAACAGAAGUUAAAAAAUGAAAUUACCUCUUUAAAUUAAAUAAUUAAUGGUUUAGAGAAAGAAAAUAGAAGAUAAUCUUAAGAUCUAACUCAAAGAGAUUAAGUAAAAAUAUAAAAUAAAAAAAAUUAAUAAAUAAACAAUCUAUCUAUUCCACUUUAAUCUAGAUCAUAAUAAUAUAAAAUAGAUUUAAAAAAUGAAAAAUCUUUUGUAGAAUAAAAAGGAAAUGAUAUACCAAUUAAAUCUUAGUAAUCAUUAAAAUAAAACUAUUAUAAUUUCAUUAAUCAUGGCAAUAUAGCUAAUAAGGUAGAAGUUUAAAAAAUAAUUUAAUCAAAGGAAGUUUAUAGAGGCAAUGUAUAAAGAUUUAAAAGCAAAAAUAAUUCUCUUUCUAAUAUUCAAGAUAUAAUAUAGAGUGGAUCUGUACAAGAUAGAAAAAAAGGUUUGGUAAGCUAAACUAUUUCAAAAAAUAGUUCUUAAGAAAAUAGUUAAAUAAUCAAAUAUAAAGGUAUUUUAUUUAUUGAAAUUUCUAUAGAAUCUGGAGAUAUGAAUAGAAGUAAGAGUUCUAAAAGAGCUAAUAUAAGUCAAAAAUUGAUUCUAAUGGAAUCUUAAAUAAAAUUAUUAUAUUGA